CCUAACCUCACAACUACUUAUAAAAUUUUAUGUUGGAUUUGUUUUCUAUUUCCAAUUUAUUAAUUUAUUAGUUUACAAGUUUACUUGAUACAAAAUGAGUGUUAUAAAUCAGAAGGAAUAUCUGAGAAAGUACCUCGGCUUGGGAAAAAAGUCUGGAGACAAGAAGAAAAAGAAAAAAACAAAAAAAAUCGCUGGAAAUGGGCUUAAAAUAGUCGACGACGACAUAGAUGUCAAUCUUAACGAAGAAAUAAAAGUAGACCUAACAGCAGACAAUGAAGAUGCCCCACAAAUUGUUUCUAUAAUUGACGAUAGACCGCCAUCUUUGAGAAUUGAUGAGAAAACUAAGGAUCAUUUAUGGCAACCCAUUGGAGCGUCAGAUGUUAGUUCUAGCUCAAUAACAAAUUUAAAAUUUGAGGGCAGUUUCAAGCUUUCAAAAGAUGUUGAUGGGGCGAAAAGUUUACUAAAAAAAAAACCUUCCAAGAAUGAGGGAUAUUCACCUGCGAGGAAAAUUAAAAUGGAAAGUAGCUGUGAUAAUAAUUCACCUCCGAGAAGAACAAAUAAAGAAUCUUCACAACCGAUAAAACAAAAUUAUGAUUCCUCACCUCCAGUAAGAAAAAUUAAGCGAGAACCUCCCGAUAACUCACCUCCUAGAAGCCACCACCAAAAUUCAUCACCAGGAAAAAGUCCUGAUAAUUCACCUCCUAGAAGACAGAGAAAAGAAAAUACACCUCCGAUAAUAGAAAAUGACUCAUCACCUCCAAGAAAAAUUAAGCGUGAAAAAACUCCUGAUAACUCGCCUCCUAGAAGGCGUAGAAGAGAAAAUUCACCACCAGGAAAAAGUCCUGAUAAUUCACCUCCUAGGAGACACAGAAAAGAACAUUCACCUCCAAUAAGAAAAAAUGAUGUUUCCUCACCUCCAAGAAAAAUUAGGCGAGAAACAACUCCAGAUAACUCGCCUCCUAGAAGAUGUAGAAGAGAAAGUCCACCAUCAGGAAUGAGUCUUGAUAAUUCAUCUCGCAGAAAAAUUAAGCAAGAAAAAAAUCCUGAUAAUUCACCUCCUAGAAGACACAGAAGAGAAAAAUCACCGCCAAAAAAAAGUCUUGACAAUUCCCCUCCUAGAAGACAUAGAAAAGAUAGUUCUCCACCAAGAAGAUCAAAAAUGGCAAAUGAUUCUUCACCUCCUAGAAGAGUUGCGGAUAGUUCGCCACCAAGAAAAAACAAAAAAUCAAGAUGGGCCGAUAAAGAACCGGAAGAUGGCAAAUUGAAGAAAACACUAGACGGUAAAACGGCAGGUCUUCAAAAUGCAGCAAAUUUAGUGCUCGAGACUCGAGCCUUAAAACAGCGAGAAGAUGAAUUAUUUAAAAACAUGAGUGCAGAUGUUUCUGGAGCUAAUGCUGCUACAAUAGUGAGAAGUAAAAAAAAGAAGGAAGUUGAUUGGGAAGAAGAGGAACGAAAAAAGAAAAGGGAAGAAGAAAACAAAGAAAAAUAUAAUAAAUGGGGAAAGGGAUUGAAACAAGUUGAAGAUAUAAAUGAGAAGAUUAAAAGUGAUUUGCAUGAAAUGAGUAAGCCACUUGCAAGAUACGCUGAUGAUGAGGAUUUGGAAAGACAUCUUAAAGAACAGGAAAGGGAUGGGGAUCCUAUGUUGGCGUAUAUAAGGCAGAAAAGGAAGAAAAAACAUGUCGAUGAAGGAAAACCAGUUACGCAGGAAUAUCAAGGCGAUGCGCCCGCAAAUAGAUUCGGGAUAAGACCCGGCUAUAGAUGGGACGGUGUAGACAGGUCUAGUGGCUACGAAAAGCAGUGGUUUCAGAUACAGAAUUCACGACAGGCCACCGUUGAAGAGACCUACAAGUGGAGCACCGAGGACAUGUGAAGAAUUAUUUUGUAUUUUUAUGUUUAUUAUAGAUGUAUGUAUAAAAUGUAUAAUUAAUUAAAUUUAUCAAUAAGAUUUUUGGAA